AUGACGGUGGCGCUAGCCCCGAUUGGGCUACGGCUAUUGGAGGGAAGCGAGCCACGGGACCAGCCAGGAUUUUUCGGCGCGCGGAAAGCAUCGGCUGGCCGCUCAACAGGUGCCAUGCGGUGUGAAGCAACCUUGCCAAACGGGGAUAUCCUCUUACAUAACAGCUUCCACCCGGUGCUCGACCUUGCGGGUGCACCAUUGACGCUUGACGCAGAUUCCAAAGAAUGGUCAAACUCGACACGGGGCACGGGGUCCGGCACAUCUCACCGCCGCAAUUGGAAGCCGGGUCCAGAUUCGCAGGCAGGUGUCGCGGAUCCGUGGAUAUCACCGUUGCGCAUUCCGUUCGUCCAACAUUCGUCUCUGUCGCCGAACGACAAGGCCAAUCAAGGCGGCCUCCAAAGGCCCUUUUUUGCAGAGGCGAGUGGCGGGCGGUGA